GCUGUUAAACGAGUACGUGCUGCAUCAUGCCUCCCAAACCAAGUGGUAAAGCUGUGAAGAAAAGCGGGAAAGCCCAGAAGAAUAUCUCCAAAUCCGAUAAAACGAAGAAGAAGCGUAAAAGGAAGGAAAGUUACGCUAUUUAUAUCUACAAAGUGUUGAAACAAGUUCAUCCAGACACUGGAAUUUCAAGUAAAGCAAUGAGUAUCAUGAACAGCUUUGUGAACGACAUUUUUGAACGAAUUGCUGCUGAAUCAUCAAGACUCGCUCAUUACAAUAAACGAUCAACCAUUACAUCUCGGGAAAUCCAAACUGCUGUUCGUCUUUUGUUGCCUGGUGAACUCGCUAAACAUGCUGUAAGUGAAGGCACCAAAGCUGUCACUAAAUACACCAGCUCCAAGUAAAUUCAUUAUUUGAGCCUUCAAAAACGGUCCUUUUCAGGACCACAAAA